AUGGACUAUGAGUUCAAGCUGUUUUAUGAAACACUUGACAAGGACAAGUUCAAGUUCUUUGGAAGGGGAGAAGCAUACAGUGUAUUCAACGAGGACAUAGAGAUGGUUCCUCGCUGCAGCAUGAAAGACGUGGCCGAGAGAAAGGAGGGGAAGGAGAUGCGGCUCUCCAAGGGGGAAAUCGAAGACGUUGUUAGAGCACUGCUGACAGAGAGCAGGGUUGGAGUUCAAGAGUAUGAAGGCCGGACUCUUGUAAGGGAAGGGUUCCCAGGAAACUGGAAGGAUUUCACGGAUCUGUUGCUGGAUGCUAGAAACGUUCCAUCCGUUGCAGCAGUGAAGUUAGGAGAUGCAGUUGAGGUCAGCUUCCUAACCACAUCUGAGUCGACGAUCUAUACCUCUACCUUUGAGGACGACGAGAUACUCAGCAAUCUGUACUGGAUUCUGAGCGAGAUGAAUGUGAUUGAGGUGGUAUACGACAACAAGAGGCUGGGAGACUUCCUGAACAGGCUGGGCAUCUCCGGCUGCCUGAGGAGGGGCGAGGAAAGUGCAAUAAAGCUUUUGUGCAGAUACCUCAGAGUAUCUGAGGAGAGCUACGAGCACAAGGAGUAUGUCAGGCCGUUUGUGUGUAGGGUGGAUAGGAGUGUUCUCUCCUCACUAAAUGUAUACAACGAGAACGAGCACUGUGUCGCCAAAACCUUCUGCUGCUACACAAAUCAGGGAUGGAGGCUUCUGCACAGAAUGCUUCUGCAGCCACUCCGUAACAAGGAUGAGAUAGAGAGGAGGUUGGACAUUGUCGACUCGUUGAGGACUCUUAACCUUGGCAUUUUAAAGAGAUUUCCAGACCUGUUGAGGCUGUCCAAAAGAGUAAGCAGUGGCAGGGUGUCCUUGAGAGAGAUUCUUCGGCUAGCCCAGACUGUCGAUACCAUUCCCGAGCUUAUGUCCUCUUUCUCAUCCUCCUUGGCUCUUAGCAAGGAUGUUGGCGAGACUCUCAAGAAGAUCUUCCUGGCAUUUGUGCCGUUCAGAAAUGAAAUCACACGAGUAAUUGAUCUCGAGGCUGCGGAAGAAAACGUGUACAGAGUCAGGCCCGAUGUAUCGGAAAGGCUACAGAAGCUUAACAGGGCGCUGGCCGAAGUCGAUGGAAAGAUGCAGAAGGAAUAUGAGAGGGUGUGUGGGAUUUACCCUAGAGCUAAGGUGGAUAGAAACUCAGGGGCCUUCAAGACCGCAAAGGCCGAGUAUCAGAGAAGCCAAGAUCUCUUCAAGAAAGAGGGCUUUGUCGAGCUGAGCUUUGUGAAGGGAGGGGUUUCGUUUACAACAAGAGUCCUUUCCCUCCUGAACGAAAGAAGAGAAUCUCUCAAGAAAGAAAUCGAUGACGAAGAGAAGGAGAUCAUGGACGGAGUCAAGACAGCACUGAAGAACUACACACCAUAUCUCGAGUCCCUGAACCAUCUGACCGCACUGGUUGAUGUGUUUAGUGCAUUUUCGAUCAAGGCUACUCUCAAGGGAUACUCGAGGCCGAUUGUCGGUGGAACAAUGCUUGAAAUAGAGAACGGGUUCCAUCCGGUGCUUGAGGACCAGGACUACAUUCCGAACUCGAUAAAGAUGGAGGACAGGAGAAUGUGUGUGGUGACAGGCCCGAACAUGGGAGGAAAAAGCACCUUCCUCAAGACAUGUGGCGUGAUUGCCCUCCUUGCACACAUGGGAUGUUAUGUCCCUGCAGAGUAUGCUAGUAUUCCGAUACUCGAUGGAAUAUAUACAAGGGUUGGAGCCGGAGAUUGCUCAUUCACAGGAUCGUCCACGUUCAUGAUGGAGAUGGCCGACAUAGCAAGGAUAUGCCGCCUAAGCUCCCCGGAAUCGUUGAUCAUAAUAGACGAGCUUGGAAGAGGAACUAGCGCAGUCGACGGCCUAAGCAUUGCACAGGCCGUCAAGGAGCACCUCAUUCUGAAGAAAAGCCUGUGCCUAUGCGCCACCCACUUUCCAGAGCUUUGUGGAGAUGAUGUGCUGAACAAGAAGGCCAAGAGCGACGGGACUCUUCUCAUGUACGAGGUGGUUGACGGAAUAUGCGAUACAAGCUUUGGCAUAAUGGUUGCAGAAAAGGUCGGAUUUCCAGCCGAGGUGAUUGAAAUGGCCAAGGGGUAUAUGGAAAGAUGA